AUGCGACCAAGGUGGACGAGGCGGGCGUCUGGACCGAGCUGGCCGACGCCUACCUGGCCCACUGCCCGCGUGUCGGACGCCAUCGCGGCCUACCUCCGCGCCGGCGACACCAGCAAGCACGUGGAGGUGGUGGCCAAGGCGCACGAGAGCGGCGACUACGCGGAGCUGACCAAGUACCUGCUCAUGGUGCGCAAGCGGGUCAAGGACCCCAAGGUGGACACGGAGAUCGUGCACUCCUACGCGCGCGCCGGCGACCUGCCCGCGCUGGAGGCCUUCGUGGCCGCCCCCCACCUCGCCGACCUCCGCGCGGUGGGCGACCGCUGCGCGGAGGAGGGCCUGCAUGACGCCGCGCGCCUGGUCUUCGCCACCAUCCCCGACUACGGCCGCCUGGCCAGCACCCUGGUCAAGCUGCACCGCUACCAGGCGGCGGUUGACGCGGCGCGCAAGGCCAACAGCCCACGCACGUGGAAGGAGGUGUGCUAUGCCUGCGUGGAGGAGGGCGAGUUCAAGCUGGCCCAGCUGUGCGGCCUGAACAUCAUCGUCGCCGCCGACGACCUGGCCGAGGUGGCCGAGUUCUACACGCAGCGCGGCCACGCCGACGAGCUCAUCGCGCUGCUGGAGUCGGGCAUCGGCCUGGAGCGCGCGCACAUGGGCAUCUUCACCGAGCUGGGCGCGCUGUACGCGCGCCACCGCCCGGAGCGCCUCAUGGAGCACCUCAAGCUCUUCGCGCCGCGCUGCAACGUCCCCGCCCUCAUCCGCGUCUGCGAGGAGCUGGAGCUCUGGCGCGAGCUCACCUUCCUCUACGUCGCCUACGACGAGUACGACAACGCGCUGGGGGUCAUGGUGGGGCACGCGGCCGCCGCCUGGGAGCACGUCCAGUUCAAGGACGUGGCGGUGAAGGUGAAGGCGGCCGAGACCCUGUACAAGGGCAUCUCCUUCUACCUGGAAGAGCACCCGGAGCUGCUGAAUGAUUUACUCAAGGUGGUGGAGUCGCGGGUGGACCACUCGCGCGUGGUGGACAUCAUGCGCCGCGCCGGGCAGUUGCCCCUGGUCAAGGAGUACCUGGUGUCGGUGCAGAAGAACGACCUGCAGGCGGUGAACGAGGCGGUGAACGAGCUGCUUGUGGGCGAGGGCGACGCCGCGGGCCUGCGCGACAGCAUCACCUCCUAUGAGAACUACGACGCGCUGGCGCUGGCGGGGCGGCUGGAGCGGCACGAGGACACCGAGUUCCGGCGCCUGGCCGCGCUCAUCUACAAGCGCAACCUCAAGUGGCACAAGGCGGUGGCUCUGGCCAAGACCGACAAGCUGUACGAGGACGCCAUGGAGACGGCGGCCCAGUCCGGGGAGCGCGGCAUCGCCGAGGACCUCCUGCGCUUCUUCGUGGAGGAGGGCGCGCACGACCGCUUCGCCGAGUGCCUGGACCGCUGCCGCGACCUGGUCAAGCCCGACGUGGCCCUGGAGGUGGCCUGGCGCAACGGCCUCACCGACGCCGUCAUGCCCUACCUCAUCUCCGUGCUCCGCGACUACACCACCAAGGUGGACACCCUGGUCCACGAGCGCAAGGAUGCUCAGGAGGCGAGCAAGCUGGACGAGGAGGCCAAGAAGCAGCAGGAGCAGGCGGCCAACGCCUACCUGCACCUCAACUCCUACCUGGCGCUGCCCGCACCCACAUCCAAUGGCGCGCCCUCCCCCCCGGCCUUUGGCGACGCGGCGGGGUUUGACCGCUUCUGA